CACACACAGAUAAACUCUUUGAGAGCUUAUUAAAAAAAAAAAAAACAGAGAACGAAACAACACAAAACAAAAAAUGCCUUCUCUCGACAACUCUGUAACUAUAAUCUCCAGAAGCAGAGUCUUUCCAGACCAAAAGUCAACUCUCGUUGACCUCAAACUCUCCGUCUCCGAUCUCCCCAUGCUCUCUUGCCACUACAUCCAGAAAGGUUGUCUCUUCACGCGCCCUCACCUCCCCACACACGCGCUUCUCUCUCACCUCAAACACUCUCUCUCUCUCACCCUCUCUCACUUCCCUCCUCUCGCCGGCCGUCUCUCCACCUCCGAAGACGGCCACGUCUUCCUCUCCUGCAAUGACGCCGGCGCAGAUUUCGUUUUCGCCGACGCAAAUUCCGUCCACGUCCGCGACGUUAUCGGCGGAAUCGACGUUCCCGAUGUCGUGAAAGAGUUUUUCUCUUACGACAGGGCGGUGAGUUACGAGGGACAUCACAGACCGAUCCUCGCCGUUCAAGUGACGGAAUUGAUCGACGGCGUUUUCAUCGGCUGCUCCGUUAACCACGCCGUCACUGACGGAACCUCGCUGUGGAAUUUCAUCAAUACGUUUGCUGAGGUGUCUAGAGGUGUUGAGAAUGUGACACGUAAGCCUGAUUUUACGCGGGAGUCUGUGCUAAUCUCACAGGCUGUGCUCAAAGUACCCCAAGGUGGGCCCAAGGUGACGUUCAACGAGAACGAGCCGUUACGGGAACGGAUUUUCAGUUUCACUAGGGAACAGAUUCUGGAGCUGAAAUCGAUGGUGAACAAGAAGAGAAACUGGACGGUGAUUAACGGCGUUGAGGUGUUGGGGAAGCAGAGCAACGACAAACUUAACGGAAAAGAGAACGGUAAACUGACGGAAAUGCUGGAGAGUUUAUUCGGUAGAAACGACGCCGUUUCGAAAACAGUGAGCAAAACCGUCGACACGGUGGAGAUAUCGUCGUUUCAGUCUCUCUGCGCGUUGCUCUGGCGAGCGAUCACUCGAGCGAGGAAGCUUCCGAGCUCUAAAACGACGACGUUUCGGAUGGCAGUGAACUGUCGACACCGAUUGAGCCCGAAAUUGGAACCGGAAUACUUCGGAAACGCGAUCCAGAGCGUUCCGACGUUUGCGACGGCGGGAGAUGUUCUGUCUCGGGAUCUCCGAUGGAUCGCCGAUCAGCUCAACCAGAACGUGGCGGCUCACCAAGACGGGAAGAUUCGAAGCGUUGUGGCGGAUUGGGAGGCGAAUCCGAGGUGCUUUCCUCUCGGGAAUUUCGACGGAGCUUCGGUCACGAUGGGAAGCUCGCCGAGAUUCCCAAUGUACGACAACGAUUUCGGGUGGGGAAGGCCUGUGGCAGUUAGAAGCGGACGGUCGAAUAAGUUCGACGGGAAGAUCUCGGCGUUUCCGGGGAGGGAUGGAAAUGGGAGCGUCGAUUUGGAGGUGGUCUUAGCGCCGGAGACUAUGGCUGGGAUUGAAUCUGACGGCGAAUUUAUGCGAUAUGUUUCAAAAAUUUGACGGCGUUAAUGAAAUAACGUAACGGUUUGCCUCUUUUUUUUUUUUUUCUGUUUGGUUUUCUUUUCUCAAAUAACUUAACGGUGUAAUAUUGUUAUGUAACUCUGUAAGUUGACCCCAUAAAAAUGUUAUAGCAUGAGAAUUUA